GAUUCUACCUCAAGGUUGACAGUGAAUGCAAAAUCCAUGAGCAUUCCUACCGCUCGCAACGGACCAAAAAUGCCCCUCGCAGCGACACCGGUGGAAGUUUUGGAUCUUUGCGGGGACGAUUCAUCGGUAUCUCUUUCGGUUGCUCGACUUCCGAAAGCAAGAGGCUCGGAGGAGAUAAUAUCGUUGUUAGACGAUGACGAUUUCGGCGAUCACAGGAGUAUAAAUGGAAACUACCGUAGAGGAAGGAAACGGAAUCAGCGAACGUGGAAUGGGCUCGGCAAUAGGCAACACCCACCACCGUUUCCGUAUGCCGGAAAGUCGGAUCCCAACGAACCCGUAGAAAUCAUUGAAGGCGCACGGGGCCAAAACUUCGUCGCGAGCACCAACAACAGGAGGAAGUCUGCCCCGACGAAUGACGUCGAACUCAUACAAACCGAUAAAGUGACAGCAAACUUGCAAGUCUUGGAAGUCUUUCCCGAUGCGGAUGAAUCUUAUGUCGGAGAGCUUCUCGCAUCGAUGAACGGUGAAGAAAAUGCCGUUCAGCUUGUGAUUACGACCUUGGCAGAAAAAGAAUAUCCGAAAAACAAGAGUCUAGUAUUGAAUCGAAAGAGAGAGCUUGGUAUCGGGCAACCCAUCAUUCAAAUGCAUGGUCGAGAAAAAAAGUUGAAGUAUGACUACAUGUCGACUGAAGCCUUCCAGCCCACAGCUCUGUACACAAACCAGGCCAUUGAGCAUUUGGUGCACAGUUUUUCCUUUCUAUCAAAGCUUGGCGCGUAAGUUGGCCCAGUAUCUGAUGCACUGUACUUCUCGAUCUAAGUAUUCGUUCUUUUCCUUUUGAACCUUGCAGACGUCGAAUUUUGGGACGAUAUAAUAUGCACUACGCUGUGGCACAUGAUAAAAUUCUUCGAGCUGUGAAGGGAACAACAUCUCAGGCAGGAGAGGAGCUUGAAGACACGCAAUACCAGCGUGUCUCGAAUUCUUUCGCGAGACGCCAGAUGAGCCAGCAGCAGAUUGAGGAACUUGAGCAACUAGCCAAUACAUCCAAUGUCGUUUUAAAGACUCAUCGUCGCAAUUACCAGAGCUUUGUGACAGACGCCAUUCUUGCGGAGGAGGUCAAUUUUGUAGAAACAAAGCUAAGCACCUGGAUGGCUUCAAUGGAAAAGCGCGCAAAUCGAGCGCAGAAUAAGAAGAAUGCACAGGCUACACAUACCGGGAUGGAGUGCUGCUGCUGUUUUGACGAAGUAGCAGUAGAAGACAUGGUCAGUUGCCGGGACGAAGGCCACCUCUUCUGCGUUGACUGUCUUAAAUCCUUUGCUGAAACCCAAAUUUUUGGAAUGGGAAAUUUGGGUAUUGACAAAGAGACAAAGAAGCGGUCACUGGAGCUCAAGUGUUUUCAUUCAGAUGGGUGUGCCUCCGGCUUUGGUAGAUCCGGUCUAGAGAAAGCACUUCCGAAGAGAAGCUUAGAGAAGUAUGACGAAGUUCAAUUCAUUCUGAGCGUCGAGGUGGCGGGACUCGACGAUAUAGUAUCUUGUCCUAACUGUGGCUACCAAGCGGCAUUGCAGCCGUCGCAAAGGGUCUUCAAGUGUCCAGUGAUUGAUUGUCUAUACGAAUCGUGUCGCGAAUGUGGCGAAGCGGCGCAUAUUCCUCUUAGGUGUGAUGAAAAUAAAAAAACUGACGAAAAGGAGACGAAGGGACGUCUCGCCGUCGAAGAAGCCAUUUCUGAGGGUAAGAAACCGGAUCAGGUGUUGGCAGCGCUAUUGUCCGAGGUAGCUCUCUGCCGCCACAUCGACUGCAAAGGGUGCCCGCUUUAUACCAACGGAGAGGAAGACGAUGCGAGAGCUAUGCGAAAGGCAGGUUUGAAGGCUGCCAACGAGGUUCGGAAGGAUGAUGUGAAUAUUGACGUGGAGAACAUCUUGAAGGCGCCGCCCUAA